AUGGCGGCACUUGUCACUCCCGCGGGUUGUCCCACCGUGUCCGAGCUGGUCGUGCAGGGCCGGGACUCGGCCGCCGUCCUCGAGGCCCUGCUCCGGGGCGCGUCGUCCCCCGACAAUGCCGGGAUCCGGGAGCUCGCCGGGGAGAUCCUCCGCUGCUGCGACCGCGCGCUCGCCGCGCUCCACGCCGUCGAAGGCGCCGCGGUCGAUGUCUCCGGCGGCAGGAAGCGGAAGUCGGGACCCGGCGGCGCAGACAGCCUGACGAGGCCGAGAAGAAGGAUGCGCGCGAGCGGCGGUGAGAAGGCGGCCAGAGUCGAGAGGAGGCGGACGGCGGAGGACGGGUUCAUAUGGAGGAAGUACGGGCAGAAGGAGAUCCACAACAACAGGCACCCGAGGCUCUACUUCAGGUGCACCUACAAGCACGACAGCGGCUGCCCGGCGACGAGGCAGGUCCAGCAGGCGGAGGACGACCCCUCCCUCUACGUCAUCACCUACUUCGGUGACCACACCUGCUGCCAGGGCGACGCCGCUGGCGCCGUCCUGGAGGCCGAGGGCGUCAAGAUGCAGCCGUUCGUCAUCAACUUCGGGUCGGCCACCGCGAGCAGCGGCUCGCCGUGGCUCUCCUCGCCCAGCGACACCGACGACGUCCGGAGGAGCGACAGCGGGGCCUCAGGCUCGUCGCAGGCCGUGUGCUCGCCGGAGGAAUUCGAAGUGAAAGAGGCCAAAGUUGAGUCAACGUCGGAGGACUCACACGCGAUGGAUCCGGCGGCGGCGGAGCUGAGUUCGUCGGCCGACUUCUCUUGUGCUUCCCCGGCAUGGAAUUCUCUGUCCGGCUGCUUGGACUGGGACCACUUCGGCGACAGCUCGUUCGAUUGCGAGUUCAUGGAUUUUGACGCCAUUCCUCUGUUCCAAUAG